AUGGCGGCGCCCUCCGAGUCCUCCGAAGCCAUGAUUUUCUAUGACAUUGCCAUGGCCACACCAUACGCACCGAAUCCCUGGAAGUCACGAUUGGCGCUGAACUUUAAAGACAUUAAAUAUUCGACCACGUGGGUUCAUCUUCCUGAUAUUGCCCAAGUUCGUCGCACUCUCGGUGUCCCGGCUUGCCGAAAGUUUAGCGACGGCACCGACUUUUAUACUCUCCCCAUUCUCGUUGACCCCAAUACCAAGUCCCGAAUCGGGGACUCCUUCGACAUUGCCAUCUAUUUACAAAAAACAUACCCAGAUUCAGGCGCAGGCGAUCUGUUUCCCCCGCAAAAGCUCGAGUUUGCCUUCAACAAUGAAUUUGCCUCGCUUGUGCCCCUGUCUGAGCGAAAUGAUAUAGAGUAUGUCGACUACUCCAAAUUCAACACAUAUGUCGACGCGGCAUUUACAGCUCAUGUUUCCCUGGUGGUGCAUAAUCUGCCGUUUCAUCCUGCCACUGCUGAAGCAACCAAGGCCGAAUUUGUGCGCCGCGCCGGUGUGACGUCUUGGGAUGAUUUUCAGAUAAAAGGAGAACAGCGACAGAAGUUUAAAGAGUCUUUCCAUACCAUGCUAGGUGAUCUGGGAAAGCUAUUUCUAAGAGACAUCAGCGGGCCUUUUUUAUUGGGUAAGAAGGCUAGCUAUGCUGAUCUAAUUGUUGGUGGGUGGCUGCGCAUGAUGCGUGAAGCUCUCCCGAAACAAGAGUGGGAAGAGAUAAGUGGCUGGCACGGGGGUAUCUAUGGACGCUUGCAUGAUGGCCUAGAGAAGUAUGCAGAAGUGAAGUAG